AUGUCUGCGCCGAGCAUUCUCAAUGCCAUCUCAAGGCUGGCCAUCCCUGUCUUCGUGGCAGUCUCGGUUGGCCAGGCUGCUAUGUACGAUGUCAAGGGUGGAACGAGAGCAGUCAUCUUCGAUCGGCUUACCGGUGUCCAAGAACAAGUUGUCAAUGAAGGAACACAUUUCUUGAUCCCUUGGUUACAAAAGGCCAUCAUCUAUGAUGUACGGACAAAGCCUAGAAACAUCAGCACUACUACCGGAAGUAAAGACUUGCAAAUGGUCACUCUCACUCUCAGAGUCUUACAUAGACCCGAGGUGCAGAAACUGCCAAAAAUCUAUCAGUCACUCGGUCAAGAUUACGAUGAGAGAGUACUCCCCUCGAUCGGCAACGAAGUCCUCAAAGCCAUCGUCGCCCAAUUUGAUGCGGCAGAGUUGAUUACCCAGAGGGAAGCUGUGUCCCAAAGAAUCCGAACAGACCUCUUGCGACGAGCGCAGGAAUUCAACAUCGCCUUGGAGGAUGUAUCCAUCACACAUAUGACCUUCGGUCGAGAAUUCACUAGAGCCGUUGAACAGAAACAAAUUGCUCAACAAGAUGCCGAGCGAGCAAGAUUUAUUGUCGAAAAGGCCGAACAAGAGAGACAAGCCAACGUCAUUCGCGCUGAGGGAGAAGCAGAAUCAGCCGACAUCAUCAGUAAGGCCGUGGCUAAGGCCGGGGAUGGAUUGAUUCAGAUUAGAAGAAUCGAAGCUAGCAAAGAAAUUGCCCAAACACUAUCGACGAAUCCAAAUGUCACGUAUCUGCCGGGUGGCGGAGACGGAGAAAAUGGAAAGGGAAAGAAUACUGGAUUGCUGCUUGGAUUGCGAGCAUGA